AUGGCUCCCGCCUAUAAACUCCUCUCGACAGCCGACCCGGACGAAGCGCAGCCCGAGUCCACCAGCAAGCCCCGCCGCACCAAGAAACUUCUCUUUCACUUCGUUGCCGCCGCCGCGGUCAUGUACGCAGUAUUCUACGGGGUCAGACUCCUUGCGCGGAGCAGCAAGCGGUUCGGGUCUGGCUGCCGUACGGGUGCUGGCAUGCGCAACCUCUCGUCGCUCCCGACGCACUACACUCUGCCCUCGGGAGACAAGAUCCCUUCGGUCGCACUGGGCGUUUGGCAGGCCGGUCAAGGCGAAGUCGGCGCUGCAGUCAAGGCCGCGUUGAGCGCGGGCUAUAGGCACAUUGACGGCGCAUGGAUCUACAGGAACGAGGAAGAGGUCGGGCAGGCUAUCAGGGAAAGCGGCGUGCCCCGCGACGAGCUGUGGAUCACUUCCAAGCUGUGGAACACUUUCCAUGCCCCGGAGGACGUCGAGGCUUCACUGGAUGAGAGCCUCCAGAAGCUCGACACUGAGUAUCUCGACCUCUACUUGAUGCACUGGCCGGUUGCUUUCAAGAAAGGCACGACCACCCUUGACCCGGAGCUCACUGCGAACCCUUACCCGACGUGGCAGAAGCUCGAGGAGCUGGUUGAUAAGGGCAAGGUCCGCAACAUUGGCAUCAGCAACUUCAACAUUGCAAGGAUCAAGAACUUGACGGCGAACGAGCUUAAGUACAAGCCGGCCGUGAACCAGGUCGAGCUGAACUACUUCAACCCACAGCCUGAGCUGCUCGAGUGGAGCAAGGAGAACGGACUGCUCCUCGAGGCGUACUCCCCGCUUGGCAGUAACAAGCAAGUGAAAGAGGCCUUAUCCCUGCCAGAGGUAACGGCCAUCGCAAAACAGCUCGAUAUCACUCCCGCGCAGGUCAUCAUCUCUUGGCACGUCCAGAGGGGGACUAUCGUACUUCCUAAGAGCGUCACCCCUUCGCGCGUCGAGGAGAACUAUCACAUCUAUGCCCUCCCUCAGGAUCUGUUCGAGAAGCUCGAGGAGGCAGCGACUUCGCACCCUCCCCAGCGUGUCGUGAAUCCUUCGAAGGGCUGGGGUCUCGACUUUGACGUCUUCGACGAAUAUCCUCAGUAG